CAGGGUGGUAGUUUAAUUUGGGUAAGAAUUUCAGUGGUGUGGUGUCACUAUAUUUUGUGUUUUGAUUUAUAAAAAUUUGCAAUUUUAGUGAAAAAGUUGAUAAAAAUCUCAGAAAAUGACUAAUAUUACUUUAUCAAGCGAUAAAGUAUGCCGACUGUGUUUGGUGAAGGAGCAGGAUGUGUAUUUGGGCGAUAAGAUGGCUAAGGAUGCAAAAUACUGCCAAAUUGUCAUGAGCUUCACGAACAUCACAUACUCGCCAAAUGAUGGAUUGCCACAGUCAAUUUGUCGGAUGUGUGCUUGUCAGCUCAAGAAUAUUUACAUCUUUAAGCAACGCUGCGAGUCUUCCCAUGAGACUCUGCUGGCCAACUUUGGCAGCCAGGACCACGUUGAGUAUUUGGAUGAAGUGAAGGACAUCCCGGAAAUAAAAACAAUCAUUAUGAAAGAAUCUGAAGAUGUGGAAGAUCAGAGAAAUGAUGACAUAAAAGUUGAGGAUGAUGAUAAUGGGAUGGAUUAUUACUCGGAACCAGAGAUUAUGGAUUCAGGGAUAACAGUGAAGCUCAAGGAGACGACAGCUGGGGGGUCAGGAAAAAGGGCACGUGAAAAGAGGCAUCAAUGCAGUGAAUGUGGGGCUCUUGUGGAGUCUCCCAGCAAGCUCGUUCGCCAUCUCCGGACUCAUGUUCUGGACAACUAUAAAGUGAAGCACAGUUCUCAAAAUGGCAAGAUUUACUCCUGCAAGAAAUGUGGCCGGGCUUACUUGAAGGUUAAAGAGCUCAGAGCUCAUGUUGUCAAUGGAGGUUGCAAGAAAGCCUCUUCGGAUCUUGUCGUGGAAGCAGAUGUUGAAUCUGGAUCGCAACAUAUUCAGAAGAAUGAAGAUGAAUCACUUUUCAGCUGCACCAAAUGCUCAUUUACGCACGAAUCUGCCGAGGAAAUGAUUGAACACUAUCGCGUGAGUAAAUCCUGCAGUGAGGAAGUCAAAGAGAAACCGUUCAUGUGCGAAUUCUGUCAGAAGCAAUUUCAAUAUAAAUCCUGCCUGGAGAAGCAUCUACUGUGUCACACUGGCGUGAAGCGUUUCGAGUGUGACAUCUGCUUUAAGAAAUUCACUCGGAAUGGCGAAGUUGCCAUGCACAAGAAGCGCCACGCCAACAUCCGACCCUAUGUUUGUGAAGAAUGCGGAUCGGCAUUUGGCAAAUCCUCGGAUCUGGUGCGUCAUCGCAGGAUUCAUACCAGAGAGGCUCCCUAUCAGUGCAUAGUGUGCGAGAGGCGCUUCAUCUGGGAUACAGCUCUUAAGGUCCACAUGCAUUCCCAUACAGGAGAGAGACCAUAUGUAUGCAAAAAAUGCCCCAAAGCGUACUCCAGCAGGAGUGGCCUGGUGAAACAUCGAGCUUCGAACCAUCAAGAGCCCGAGGCAGAUGCAAACAGCGGCACUACUCCACCAAACGAAAUAAAAAUUCUCCGGAAAUCUUCUCGAUUGGCCAGAUAAAUUAUAAUAAAAUAAAUAUUCAUGACCUUA